AUGGCCGACCUCUUCGCGCCCGCGCGCGGGCUGGUGGCUGGCCAGGCCACGCUGGACGACGUGGCGCAGGCCCUGGCGCAGGGCGCGGACCCCAACAAGUGGGAGGGGCCCCUGUCGCCGAUCAGGUUCGCCGUGCAGGCCCACCACGUGGAGCUCCUGGGCCUGCUGCUGCAGAGCGGCGCGGAUGCCAACCAGAAGGACUCGCGCGGGGUCGCUGUCCUUCACCAGGCAGUGUUCGAUGGCAAGGGGGACUGCAUCACGAAGCUGCUAGACGCAGGCGCCGACAUCGACGUCCGUGACCGUCACGAGCAGACGCCACUGUUCUUCGCGCCCACGCGGCAGAUUUGCGAGCUCCUCAUUACCAGGCGCGCGGACGUGAAUGUCGUGAACUCCAAGAAGCAGUCGCCCUUGCACCUGGCCGCCUACGCUGGCCUCGACGACGCGGUGAGCUGCCUCAUCGACGCGAAGAAGAACCUGCUGCAGGCCCAGGACCAGCACGGCCACACGCCGCUGUACUACGCGGCGCACGCCAAGCUCAGAACGACGGUGAACGUCCUGAAGAAACGGGGCGCGGAGAGCGUCCGGUCCCGGGAGCGCCGCGGCAAGAAGUCCCCGGGCCCCCACGGCAAGAGCCCCGAGCCGGGCGCCCGUCGUGCCCCGCAGCCGCCCAGGCCGCAGCUCGUCCGGGAGGCAGAGGCGGCACCGCCGGGCAGCGAGGCCAGGGCCACGGCGGCAGACUCCACGGCAUUGCAGGCCGUGCGGGUGGAGGACGGGGAGGUGGAGGCCGAGCGGAUCGUCGAGGUCGCCUUCGAUGCGAGCGGGGAGGCUGGGCUGGAGGAGGAUCAGCAGCAGCGCUCGGCCAGGCUGCAGUGCCAGGGCGCGCUGGAGGCCGGGCUCGCGAGGGAGGCGGAUCA